AUGUACUCAGACCAAGAGUUACAAGCCUUUCUCUGCUUCUUCCCAGCCAGGUCUCUAGACAAACUUUAUAACUUUGCUGAUUGCUCUGGACUCCACCUGAUAUUUGCUCUAAAUGCACUGCGUCGUAAUCCCAAUAACUCCUGGAACAGUUCUAGUGCCCUGAGUCUGUUGAAGUACAGCGCCAGCAAAAAGUACAACAUUUCUUGGGAACUGGGUAAUGAGCCAAAUAACUAUCGGACCAUGCAUGGCCGGGCAGUAAAUGGCAGCCAGUUGGGAAAGGAUUACAUCCAGCUGAAGAGCCUGUUGCAGCCCAUCCGGAUUUAUUCCAGAGCCAGCUUAUAUGGCCCUAAUAUUGGGCGGCCGAGGAAGAAUGUCAUCGCCCUCCUAGAUGGAUUCAUGAAGGUGGCAGGAAGUACAGUAGAUGCAGUUACCUGGCAACAUUGCUACAUUGAUGGCCGGGUGGUCAAGGUGAUGGACUUCCUGAAAACUCGCCUGUUAGACACACUCUCUGACCAGAUUAGGAAGAUUCAGAAAGUGGUUAAUACAUACACUCCAGGAAAGAAGAUUUGGCUUGAAGGUGUGGUGACCACCUCAGCUGGAGGCACAAACAAUCUAUCAGAUUCCUAUGCUGCAGGAUUCUUAUGGUUGAACACUUUAGGAAUGCUGGCCAAUCAGGGCAUUGAUGUCGUGAUACGGCACUCAUUUUUUGACCAUGGAUACAAUCACCUCGUGGACCAGAAUUUUAACCCAUUACCAGACUACUGGCUGUCUCUCCUCUACAAGCGCCUGAUUGGCCCCAAAGUCUUGGCUGUGCAUGUGGCUGGGCUCCAGCGGAAGCCACGGCCUGGCCGAGUGAUCCGGGACAAACUGAGGAUUUAUGCUCACUGCACAAACCACCACAACCACAACUAUGUUCGUGGGUCCAUUACACUUUUUAUCAUCAACUUGCAUCGAUCAAGAAAGAAAAUCAAGCUGGCUGGGACUCUCAGAGACAAGCUCGUUCACCAGUACCUGCUGCAGCCCUAUGGGCAGGAGGGCCUAAAGUCCAAGUCAGUGCAACUGAAUGGCCAGCCCUUAGUGAUGGUGGACGACGGGACCCUCCCAGAAUUGAAGCCCCGCCCCCUUCGGGCCGGCCGGACAUUGGUCAUCCCUCCAGUCACCAUGGGCUUUUAUGUGGUCAAGAAUGUCAAUGCUUUGGCCUGCCGCUACCGAUAAGCUAUCCUAACACUCACGGCUACCAGUGGGCCCGCUGGGCCACUUCCACUCCUCCACUCCAGUAGUAUCCUCUGUUUUCAGACAUCUUAGCAACCAGCCCCUGCUGCCCCAUCCUGCUGGAAUCAACACAGACUUGCUCUUCAAAGAGACUAAAUGUCAUAGCGUGAUCUUAGCCUAGGUAGGCCACAUUCAUCCCAAAGGAAAACGUAGACAUCACCUGUACCUAUAUAAGGAUAAAGGCAUGUGUAUAGAGCAGAAUGUUUCCCUUCAUGUGCACUAUGAAAACGAGCUGACAGCACACUCCCAGGAGAAAUGUUUCCAGACAACUCCCCAUGAUCCUGUCACACAGCUUUUGAACCACAAACCCAAACCUUAGGCUGCUGCUGCUGCUGCCCUCAGAGGAAGAUGAGGAAGGAAAAAUCCUGGGUGGACCAGCAAAAACUCAUCCUCUCCCACCUCCUUCUUCUCUGCCUCUUUCUUGCUGCUGCCCUGAGUUUUUUGACACAUCUCUUUCCAUAGGGGAGCAAUGGGUGCGUCAGCCCUGGCCUGCUGGGAGGGCUGUUUAUGUGAUUUCUCGGCUGAUGCAUGAGCGUGCGCAUCUGGGUUCCUGACAGUGGCAUCCAUCAUGGGCAAUUCCUCUGGGAAGUGGGUGCUUCAAAAGUAAAAUUACAAUCACACCCCAGAUUUGGUAAGAAGGUUCUAUUGCUCUGUGAAUCCAGAUUCCCCCAGAGUUGUAAUGGGAGUCAAGUAACAAUAUUCAUUGAGUAGAGAGCAGCUUACU